GGUCGGAGGGGGCCUGGCAGAGUCGGCAGCUGGCAUCUCUCUCCGCUCUUACGGGGCACGCGGCUGGCAAGUCGAGCUGGACAGGGAGCCUCCUCCAAGCUAGGACCCAGGAGCUCGAGCACCAGGGCUCUUUGACCAGGCCAUGGCCCGGGAUUCACUCGUGCUACUGCUGCUGCUGUGGGCGGCCACGGCCAUCCACGCGGGGAAGGACCAGCUCAACGUCUGCAUGGACGCCAAACACCACAAGACCGAGCCCGGCCCCGAGGAUGACCUGCACCAGCAGUGCAGCCCCUGGAGGGAUAACGCCUGCUGCACGAAGAACACCAGCCACGCGGCCCACCAGGACGGGUCCUACCUGUACAACUUCAACUGGCAACACUGCGCCAACAUGACCCCGGCCUGCAAACGCCACUUCAUCCAGGACACGUGUCUAUACGAGUGCUCCCCGAACCUGGGGCCCUGGAUUCAGAAGGUGGACGCGAGCUGGCGAAGGGAGAGGAUCCUGAACGUGCCGCUGUGCAAGGAGGACUGUGAGCUGUGGUGGAAGGAUUGCCAAACCUCUUACACCUGCAAGAGCAACUGGCACAAGGGCUGGGACUGGAGCAGUGGCCAGAACCGCUGCCCCGUCCAGGAAGCCUGCCACCCUUUCCCCUUCUACUUCCCCACGCCGGCGGACCUGUGCCAGCGCAUCUGGAGCAACUCCUACCGCAUCAGCAACGAGAGCCGGGGCAGCGGCCGCUGCAUCCAGAUGUGGUUCGACCCCGUGGAGGGGAACCCCAACGACGCCGUCGCCCGCUUCUACGCCGGCAACCUCGCCCCCGGCCUCGCCCCGGCCCUCUCCCUGCUCCCGGUGGCCCUGCCCCUGGGGCUGCUCCGGCUGCUUCUCUCCUAAAUUUGGGACCCGGGACGUGGGACGGAGACGGGGGUCCCUCCUCCGCCGCUGUCUCUUCUGGCCCAACUCCCUCCCGGAGACCCCAGCUUGGGGACGGGAGAAUAAAGCAGGUCUCCCCCUUCCA